AUGUUUUUUUCCCUUCUAAAGUAAACUGGAAACAAAUGUGUCUUUUUUUUUCAUCAGUUUCCUAAACUACAUUUUAGUCACAGCCAUGAAGAACCAGCACUUCACAGGGAAGGAUUCAGCUGGAUAGCUUUUACGCAUCGCACAUCUUGGAGCGUCGAUGGAGACUGCUGUGUAGAAAAAUAUAAGAAAACAGAAGAAUAUUAGAGUUACUGCGCUCCGUGUGUGGACCGUAUAAAAUGAGGUACGGGUCGGUGGUUCUUGGUGCUGGGUUUACAGGUUUGCUCAGUUUUAGCCUCCUCGCUUUGGCAAUUGGGACUGAUUACUGGUACAUCAUCGAUGUGAAAAAACCCAACUACACGGGCUCAGACACCCUGAGUUCACACUCCGGACUGUGGAGAAUUAAUGAAGGAGCAAACAGGAGUUCAUUCAUCUCUUCUUUCACAGCAAAUAUGUCCAGCCUGCCAGAGGCAGAAAGGCAGCUUCUUGGCUUGCACAGGGUGGUGGUCAUCCUACUGCCCCUCAGCCUGAUCCUGCUGGUGUUUGGCUGGAUCUUUGGACUUGUCAGUUCAUUGGCCUGCAGCCCCAGAUUGCUGGCUGGAUCAGCAACAUACUUUCUCUUCUGCAGUCUCUUCACCUUAUCCGGGGUCAGCGUCUACAUCAAAUACUCAAACCGAGCCAUGGAGGAGUUCCAGCAGACUGUGUCCCCAGAGAACCUCGCCUAUGUGAACGUGUCCUUUGGCUGGUCCGUAGCCACAGCCUGGCUCUCCUACGGCUUGGAGGUGGCCACUGGCCUGCUGCUCAUGCUAGCUGCCAGAAUAACUCAAAUGAAGGGACAUUAUGACUCUGGUGUCACCAUCGCCAUGUUAUAGAUUGACAUGGAGAGUGAAGCUAAAAGCACACAGGUUGGAUGGUAUUUUAUUUUUGUUGUUAUUUAUUUAGUUUUGGUACGGAAAAAAAUCCUUAGAGGAGUAUUGUUGUCAAAUAAGUAGGUCAGGGACCAAGACAACAAAAUGUAGAUGAAAGCUGGCUUUACGUAACUGCAAGCAUAGACACAUAGAUGCUGAAUAAGUGGCACGGUUGAAUAGCUGUUUCUUCAUUGUUUUUGCUGGCUUGUUGUGAUGCCUGCUACCUUUCAUCCUCUCAGUUCCAUUAUCUGUCCAUUGUCCAUUGUCAACGAUGUGUAAAUGUGACUACAGAAACAGAGAAAAUAGGGUAACCAUUCACAGAGUAACUACUGCACUGCUUAACAGUAUUUUUUUUUCCUUUUAUUUAUUUAUGUAGUGUGUCUCAGUAAUUUCAACCUUGUGUUGCCACAUUCCAGUCUUUAUGUAUGUAUAACUAUCGUAGUUCGUAAGCAAUUCUGUCAAUUUGUGGCUCACAUUUUAUUAGGUGAAAUGUUUUAUGUGAGUUGUGUCUUGAAACUUGUUUGUAAUUUAAAGUGAGCUGCUUCAUCUACAACCCAAAUGGCAAAGCAAGCAGUUAAGUUCUUUUGAUGCUAUGUAAGCUUUUCGACUUGAGGAGGGCUUCUGUGCCUCCGCCAUACCCUAACCGAAUUUACAUAUAUAGAUUGGGUAUUUCAUUCAAGUGAAAAACAUUGCUGAUUCUGCAGCGGGAAAACCACCAGGCAGUAGAGUCACCUACAAGUCAAAAGUGGAAUAGUUUCUUGUAUUUCAUAAUAGAACAGCUGCUGCAUUGUUGCUCCAUGCUCCGGAGUAAUUCGCGUUUCACAGCUUUUGAAAAGCAGUUAGCAUUUGAUCGAUGUAGAGGUUAAGACAGUGUUGACUGCUGAGGAUUGGGACUUUUAGAGAAACACCUGAAAUUCUAAGUUUGUGCCUCCUGCUUGUAACCUUCUGUGCCCAUCCUAUUGUUAAAUGCAUUAAUCAUGGGAACAGGGUUGAAGGUAAGUCCACGCUUGGAGAGAAUGGAAGCUGCUUCAGCAGUACAGAAUAUGUGCAUGUGUUGUUGCCUGCUUUGCCGUAGUUAACAGCUAGAUAUUGUAUUAUUCUGUCUGUGCUGUCCAAUAUUUGACUUCUCCUCUCUGCAUACUGGAAGUAAAAAGACCACUGUGAAAAUACAACAUUUAGCACUUUGCAAUGCCGUAAAAUUUAUUGUGUUGUUGUUCUCUUUUCACAAUCAUGACAAACCUUGCUCUACUGAAUAGUUAUGAACUGUGACAGAAAAACAAUGAAACAUUAGUCUUGUUGUAGUGUGAAUGCAUACUGUAAGUCAGAGCAGAAAAAGAGCAGCCUGAUCAAAGGCUUCCAAAUGUCAGUGACACGCUCUGACUCUGUAAUCGAAUUCCACCAGUGUCCUGAAGAUUUUUGUGUCAUGAGACAAGAGAUCAUCUAACACAUUAUGGAGAUAUGUUUGCCAUGUACUGCAUAUUUUUAUCUACAAUAAAAUUCUAAGAC